UGUGUGCAACCCUAGAAGGCAACAGAAGGCAGCCUGGCUGGCCGGCUGGCUGCUCGCAAGCGAAGCGGCAGAGUGGAGUGGAGCAAGGAAAGGGGCAAGCGAGUGCUAGAAUGGCUGAAGGGUUAACUUCCUAGAGGAAUUGCGCUGCACGCGGGGGCGUCGCAAGGGGAGUUUGGAGACUGCAAUGGCAGAGCCCAGCGGGGCACGUUAUUACCUGCUCAUUGGAGAUGAUUGACGACGAGCUGCCGCCUUUCCAUGGAGCUGGGAGGAAGGAAAGCUGCUGCUGAAGCGUCGGCUCCUUGUGCGGCGGGGGGAUUUCGCUGAGGGGGAAAGGAAAAGGAGACUCGCGCUUUGGCCAGCCAAACGCCUAGUGCUGAGGUGGGAAGCGAGGCAGCCCGCCAGCCAGCCAGCCGGCCGCGAUAAGAAGAGCUCCGUUCAGCCGCAGGGCCCGGCGAGAAGGGGGAGAGAGAGCACGCAUACGCGGGGCUUGGCCCUUUCCCCCGAGGGGACCGCAGCAGGCGGCCGCUGCUGCCUGGAGCGCGCGAGCGACCCUUGGCAGGUCCUGCGAGGAGGACGAGGAAAGGGCUCGCCAUGCGCUGCCUGGCUCUGCUCGGCUUCUUCGCCUGGGGCUUCGGGAGUCUUGCUGGGCCCAACGGAGGAGCUUCCCCUCCUCCCUGCCCGGCUUCCUGCAGCUGCGAUGGGGACGGGGGAGUGGACUGCUCCGGGAGGGGGCUCACCGCCGUGCCGGAGGGACUCAGCGCCUUCACCCACUUGCUGGACAUCAGCAUGAACAAUAUAACAAGAUUACCAGAGGAUGCAUUCAAGAAUUUCCCUUACCUUGAGGAACUACGGCUGGCUGGCAAUGACCUUGCUUUUAUUCAUCCAAAGGCCUUGUCUGGGUUGAAGGAACUCAAAGUUCUCAUGCUGCAGAACAAUCAAUUGAAAACCAUUCCCAAUGAGGCCAUCAGGGGACUUGGCGGGCUCCAGUCCUUGCGCUUAGAUGCUAACCACAUCACUGCUGUGCCAGAAGACAGUUUUGAAGGCCUAGUUCAACUGCGUCACCUGUGGCUAGAUGAUAACAGCUUGACUGACGUCCCAGUGGUUCCUCUCAGCAAUCUUCCAUCCCUGCAAGCCUUGACCUUGGCUCUCAACAAAAUAACCAGCAUCCCAGACUUUGCAUUCACAAACCUCUCAAGCCUUGUUGUGCUGCAUCUCCAUAACAAUAAAAUAAAAACAUUAGGACAUCAUUGUUUUGAUGGAUUAAACAACCUAGAAAUUUUGGACUUAAAUUAUAACAACAUGGCAGAAUUUCCUGAAGCAGUUAAAGCCCUUCCAAGCCUAAAGGAGCUGGGAUUUUACAGCAAUUACAUUUCUAGCAUCCCUGAUAAUGCAUUUGUAGGAAACCCAUUUCUAAGAACUAUACAGCUGCUUAAUAACCCAUUAUCCUUUGUUGGGAAUUCUGCUUUUCGAAACUUAUCGGAUUUGCAUUCCCUGGUAAUUCGAGGGGCCAGCAUGGUACAGUGGUUUCCUAACUUAACAGGAACAACCAAUUUGGAAAGUCUGAUUUUUACAGGCACCAAAAUAAGCAGCAUUCCCAUUGAUCUGUGCCAAGAACAAAAGAUACUUCGGACUUUGGAUUUGUCUUAUAAUAACAUAAAACAACUUCCAAGUUUUAAAGGCUGCAGUUCCCUGAAAGAAAUAUAUUUGCAGCAUAAUCAAAUUGAGGAAAUCAGAGAAGAUGUAUUCCAGGGACUCACUUCUCUACGUACCCUUGAUCUCAGCAGAAACUUGAUCCACCGGGUGGACAAGGAAGCAUUUAUUACUCUUGGUGCUAUUACCAACCUAGACUUAAGUUUCAAUGCAUUGACUUCAUUUCCAACUGGAGGCCUGAGCAGGUUAAACCAACUUAAACUAGUAGGCAAUACUGAACUGAAGGAAGCCCUGCCAGCAAAGGACUUUGUAAAACUCAGAUCUCUGUCAGUCCCAUAUGCCUACCAGUGCUGUGCCUUCUGGGGUUGUGACUCUUACUUAAACUCCAACAGCGACGAUUCCAACCACCAAGAUCAGAAUCGGUCUGUUACUCACGACCAGGGUGCACCAGACGUAGAUGACUUAAGCAGUGAUGAAAAUGAAGAACUUGGUCAGACAAUCAUUCACUGUACUCCCACAACAGGUGCAUUCAAGCCCUGUGAAUACUUACUUGGAAGCUGGAUGAUCCGUCUUACUGUCUGGUUUAUUUUUUUAGUCGCCUUGUUCUUCAACAUGCUUGUCAUGUUAACUAUAUUUGCUUCUUGUACUUCACUGCCUUCCUCCAAACUGCUCAUAGGAUUGAUUUCAAUGUCUAACCUAUUUAUGGGGGUCUACACUGGUAUAUUAACCUUCCUGGAUGCAGUGUCUUGGGGAAGGUUUGCUGAAUAUGGCAUCUGGUGGGAGACAGGCAGUGGCUGUAAAGUUGCAGGGUUUCUGGCAAUCUUCUCUUCGGAAAGUGCAGUUUUUUUCCUAAUGUUAGCUGCUAUUGAGAGGAGCUUAUCUGUGAAGGAAAUAAUUAGAAAGGGUAAAUGCAAUAACCAAAAACAGUUUCGAAUUGCAGCCAUUUUUGCUUUUCUGUGUGCAUUGAUAUCAGGAUGUUUGCCACUUUUCCAUAAGGGAGAGUAUUCUGCAUCACCUCUUUGCCUGCCCUUUCCAACAGGAGAAACCCCCUCCUUGGGCUUUACAGUUACAUUAGUGCUCCUAAAUUCAUUAGCUUUUUUGCUUAUGGCUAUUAUUUAUACCAAACUUUAUUGCAACCUAGAAAAGGAAGACCUCUCUGAAAACUCACAAGCCAGCAUGAUUAAACAUGUUGCUUGGCUAAUCUUCACCAACUGCAUCUUUUUUUGCCCUGUUGCCUUUUUCUCCUUUGCUCCACUCAUCACUGCAAUCUCUAUUAGCCCUGAAAUAAUGAAAUCUGUCACUCUGAUAUUCUUCCCACUGCCUGCUUGUUUGAAUCCAGUCUUGUAUGUGUUCUUCAACCCCAAGUUCAAAGAAGACUGGAAAUUACUGAGAUGGCACAUCACAAAGAGGAAUGGGACUGGAACAGUUGCUGUAAAUACACAGGGUGGCCAUGGGACACAAGAUUUCUACUAUGACUGUGGCAUGUACACACACCUGCAGGGCAACCUUACAAUGUGUGAAUGCUGUGAAUCACUACUUAUAUCUAAGCCCAUACCAUGCAAACACUUAAUAAAGUCCCAUAGUUGUCCUACCCUGACGGUAGUACCUUGCCAAAGGCCAGAGAGCUACUGGUCAGAUUGUGGUACCCAGUCUGCCCAUUCCGAUUAUGCUGACGAAGAGGAUUCUUUUGUGUCGGACAGUUCAGAUCAAGUACAGGCCUGUGGACGAGCUUGUUUUUAUCAGAGCAGGGGCUUCCCGUUGGUCCGUUAUGCCUACAACAUCCCGAGGAUUAAAGACUGACCAGCUUUACAGCAAACCAUGAGUUAAAAGGAGGAACUAUGAUGCUUCCUUUAUAUGGACUAUGCCUGUUUCAAUCUUUCACCUGGAAGCACUUUUAUAAUCAACAUUUGAUGUUAGUUAUAAACAAGGGCUAUAGAGAUCUUGAGCUAUGUGUUUGAAAAAGAGCUGUUGCUCUUAAUGUAAAUAAUUGGAAACCCAAAAUUUAUAAUCCAUUUUUUACUUUUUUCCAGACAACUUUAUAUUAUGUUUAUGUUCUUAGGCUAUUUUUCCAUGUUAUUAUCCAAUUGUAACUUACUGCUUCUGUUGUGAUGUGAAUUCUGUCAGCUUUUCCAGUUAAGCACAGUACAACAGAAAGCUAAAUCUAAGGGGGCAAAAAUCCUGUUGCUAACUUUUGUAUAGCAUUUCUAACUGAAUCUCAGGACAAUUUACUGCAGGGCCAAAACACGGGAAUACUGUUCCCAUAUGCAACUGUGAGACAAAUACAGGCAAAAUGUACUAUUUUUCCAUAAUCCAGCUUUGGCUUAAUUUGUCUGGAAUAAAAAACUGAUUUUCAGUAUAAACUACUUAUCGUGCCUUAUAAUGGAUUCUGGAUGGUUUGGCAUAAUUGUGUUUUUCUUCAUAGUACUGCUUGAUAGCAAGUGGAAACAUUGGGCUCUCACAUGCUGGACAAACGUCAAACUUGCCAAACUUGUGUUCUGUUGUCCUGUGGCUCCAGUCUUUAUUCUUCAUCUCUGGAGCCAUGUUGGAUAUCUGUGUCAUUACUAUGAUUCUGUGGUCUCCAAAGUGUGUAUGGAGCACCAUGCAAAUGGCACUUGUUCUCAUUCUUCAAGCUGGAGAAUUUUCAAGUGUCAUAACGUUCAUUUCAACCUGGAAGUUUUCGGUUGAAGAAAAUGACUUGCUUUCAUAUUCAAGUUGAAGAAUUUUCUACACAUGUACUGGGGGUUUCUUAAUGCAUGUAAGACAAUUCUUAAAAGAGAAUAGGAUGCUCUUUCUGCAAGAUAAAUUCCAUGUGUGGAACCUAAUGUUUUUGUGGACCCCACGGCUUCUCUGGGCAAUGGGUUCGGGCCUCUCCAGAGCAAAUUUUCAGGGAGAUACAGGGGAAAGAGAAAAUCCUAACAUGUUACCAGAAGGCUACCACACGUGCAUAUUGGAUUGCCUCUGAGUUUUUGUGUGUCUUGUGGCAGCAAAAAAGAGGUAUGGCAUAAUAGAUUAACAGCUGUCAAGAGAAAAAAGUGAACUUGUUUAGGAAAAGAAAAUACCACUUGGAAUGAAUUCAUACUAUUGUGUAAUGGAUUGAAUAGGCUUAAGUUAGCAACUUUAAUGGAGUGAAAGAGAUUGGGAUAUUUGAAGACCUAGAAAUAAAACAUGAAAGGUACUCUACAAUAUAGGAACUUCUGCUUUGCUGCCAUUUUACAGUAACUUGGAAGUGGGCUGGCUUUCCUUACAAUUAAAGGAAAGGGGAUAAGAGGAAUCAUUACUUUAGAUUUGAGGGUCUUGUUUCUUAAUUACAAAGGCUGUCCUUGGUUUGAAGUUUGAGCAGCAUACAAUUAAGAAUGCACUCUCAAGCUGAUUCUCAUAGUUGUUGAACAAAUUGUUCAUAGCAAUUCCACUGCCAUACCAGAAAUUCUGGCACAAUUUUUACUAAAUGUUUUAAGCUAGAUUGCAGUUAGGAAAAUUAAACUGUACAUAGUGUGCAUAAACAGAUAUUUUUCUUUGUAUUGUAAAUUAUUUGAUAGAACACAUGAUGGGAAAUGUGGCUUCAGUGCAUUUUGUUAAUUAAAGCUACCUCCUGAAUAUAGCAGCUGCCAGUAGCAGGAUGUUUAAAUUGUGGUUUAUAUACAUUUUUGCAUUGUAAAUAAACAUUGGUUGUACAUUGUUCUUGUAAUAAAACUAGGUGCUUUGUAAAUCAAAAUUAUUUAGCUUGUACAAAAUAUGGAAUGUUUUCAUCCUUGUAUACUAUAAAUUUGUAAGCCUAAAUCAUUCAUAGUAAAAUCAAAGAAAAUUGAGAGCAA